AUGGUGGUUUUUGUAGUAAUUGCAUUAACUACCACCUUUCAUGUUUUUAGACAUAUCAUUCACAACGAGCAUCUCUCUCUCUCUCUCUCACAAAUAGAAUAUUAUGCUAUAAAUUUGCCAAAAGGGACUUUCCUAGUCCAAAUGCCGCAGGGAACGCUUGAAGUUGUUCUUGUCGACGCCAAUGGUUUGGAGAGCACAGAUUUUUUAUCCAGCACUGAUGCUUAUGCCAUAAUCAAAUGCCAAGAUCAAGAGAAAACGAGCAAAGUUGCAUCAGUUGAAGGAUCGGCUCCCACGUGGAACGAGACCUUCAUGUUUUCCAUCUCUGAGGGUGUUAAGGAACUGAAAAUCAGGAUUAUGGAUAAAGACACUCUUAGUGCAGAUGACUUUGUUGGUGAAGUGACUGUUCCUCUUGAGCCGGCGUUUGAGGCGGAAAGAGUUCCGACAACUAUGUACAAUGUUGUCAAGGAUGGGACAUUAUGCGGAGGGCUAAAUGUCAGCCUCAAGUUCACUCACCAGGUUAAAUAUAUUCAUGUGGUCUCUCAAUGGGUUUUUCUUGAAAAGGAAAUAUAUGAUUCGAUUCUCAUUACACAUGGUAUGAUUUUCGCGAGAUUUCACCAUUCUUGGGUGCUACCGAUGUUCUUUGUUGUUGCAGAACAUACGAAGCAGGGGGUUUUCCAGUGAGGAUCUGGGAGGGUGGAAGUCAUCAUCAGCAAUGGAUUGAUGUUGUUCGACGAAGCCAAGUUUCUGUUUUAGACCAAGAUUCUUGUAACUAAAUUUCAUUGUACCAACUGCAUUCUUUUAGAAUUUUUAUCAGACCUCAGAUUUGAGCAGAACAAUUUUAGUUUCUCUUAGCUUGUGGCA